AUGGCCCCCGAACCAGGAGGGUACGUUGCUACUCUAUUCCCAACUCGCAUAACACCCUACCGCGCCCCACCCGCCUCCCGACGCCCCCUCGAACCCCUCCUCACCCGCAUCAACAAACCCCCCCGAAACCCCCCCCCAGCUAACCAACACAGACCCCCUCCCCCCACCACCCCCAUCUCAAAACCCUUCCCCUGCCCCUACCCCUCCUGCGCCACCUCCUACCACCGCAAAGCCGACUGCCGUCGGCACGUCACCGCCGUGCACGAACGACACAACCUGACGCUGGUCGAUUGCACGGUGGCGAAGUGUGGACGGCGCGGGCGGAAGGGGUUUACGCGACUAGAUCAUCGGACGGAGCAUUUGCGGAAUUUUCAUAAGUUGGAUAUUCCGAAGAAGAGGCGGAGGGGGGGGUAG